GGUAAAUUUUUUCACGCAUCGCCGCAAAAAAAAUAUUUUUUCCAAUAAAUUACAAUAAAACUUGUGCCGCAAAUAGUAAGUUGUGUGUUAAUUGCUAAAAGCAAGGCUAGAGCGUGUCGGUUUUCAACUCACAAUGAGCACACCGCCGCCAGAUUUACUUUUGGCUGUGGCGGGUAGAGAAUCUUCAUCCGCAGCAGCGAAUGGUGGCAGCAGCAGCCGCGGCGGUGAUAAGGAGCGCUCACGUUCCAAAGACCGCAGUCGCGACAAGGAAAAAGACAAGGAGCGUGACAAAAAGCGAAGAGACCGGGACAGCAAGGACCGAGACAGUCGCCGGCGGGAAAGUCGCGACCGAGACCGCGAUGUGCGCGACAGAGAUCGGGAUAGGGAUCGUGAUCGUGAGAGGGAUCGUGAGCGCGAACGUGACCGCGAUUCCCGGACGAAUCGAAGCCAUUCCCGGAAUCAUGAUGACACCGAGAGGCGGAGGAAGCGCUCCCGCAGUAGGGAACGCGAACGAAAGCGAGAUCGUGACCGUGACUCGCGAUCGCGGCGCAGCAGUUCACGUGGCGGUCGCGAAGACUUCAAUCGCAAUCACCGGCGACGGUCACGCAGUCGCAGCUAUGAGCGUCGGCGAAAUGAACGGGCCGGCAGGGAUCAGCAGAGAAACAGUCGCGAAAGGAGCAGCCGUGAGCGAACACAUGUCAACCCCUUCGACACGUCGAACAAUCGCAGCUCGAUGAACCGUGAGCCGGAGGUGCGCAUACCCUCGUUGUUUGACCGGCCACAGCACUCGCUGGACACGAUUCGGGAGGAGCCGCGCGAAUCGCGGUUCGAUCUCUCGCAGACCCUGCAGGAGCUGAUGGGCAACGCCAGCGGCAACAAGGGAUUCGCCUCGUUCUUCAACAAUCAGAAUAGUAAUGAUUCCAUGAGCAAUGGUGCAGUGGACAAUCCAUUUGAUAGCGCAGCGGAAAGGAAGCGCAAGCGCAAAUCCCGGUGGGGCGGCACUGAGAACGACAAGACUUUCAUACCGGGAAUGCCCACCAUUCUGCCCUCCACGCUGGAUCCAGCCCAGCAGGAGGCCUACUUAGUUCAAUUCCAAAUUGAGGAGAUUAGCCGCAAGCUGCGCACCGGCGAUCUGGGCAUCACACAGAAUCCGGAAGAAAGAUCGCCAUCGCCGGAGCCCAUUUACAGUUCUGAUGGCAAGCGCCUGAAUACGCGAGAAUUCCGCUACAGAAAGCGGUUGGAGGAACAGCGUCACCAGCUGAUUGUCAAGAUGCAGGCCGUGAAUCCAGAGUUCAAGCCGCCAGCGGAUUACAAACCGCCUGUGACACGAGUCAGCGACAAGGUGUUGAUACCACAGGAGCAGCAUCCAGAUAUCAAUUUUGUGGGCCUGCUGAUCGGUCCGCGCGGCAACACGCUCAAGGCUAUGGAGAAGGAUACGGGGGCCAAGAUCAUUAUACGCGGCAAGGGAUCGGUGAAGGAGGGCAAAGUGGGACGCAAGGAUGGGCAACCGUUGCCGGGAGAAGAUGAGCCGCUGCAUGCAUUCAUAACGGCUCCCAAUCCGGAAGCGGUGAGGAAGGCUGUGGACAAGAUCAAGGAUGUUAUACGUCAGGGCAUUGAGGUGCCAGAGGGCCACAACGAUCUCCGACGCAUGCAGCUCCGCGAGCUGGCCCAGCUCAAUGGAACGUUGCGGGAGAACGACAUACUGCGCUGCACGUGCGGAUCCACGGACCACAAGUCCUGGCAGUGUCCCGACAAGCCCAUAAUCACCAAUACGAUUGUGUGCACCUCCUGCGGCGGCACCGGACACUUGACUAAGGACUGUCGCAACAAGCGACCUGGUUCGGGCGCUCCGGGCAUGGCCUGUGAGGAUUCGCAGGCCAAGAUUGACGAGGAGUACAUGAGUCUGAUGGCCGAGCUGGGCGAGGGUCCACCGCCGGCUGCGUCCAAGCCAGAGCCACCGGCCGCUCCUCAACUGCAUCGUGCGAGCUACAGCAUCUUUGACAAGAAGCCCUCGCAGAUGCAGGCCAUCCAGUCACCACCUAGCUCCUCGUCCCGUGAUCACCAGCGCGAUCUGGGCGGAUGGGGAGCGGCGGCGCAUGAGCAUGCCAUGGGAAUGGAGCACGGUAUGGGUGGAAUGGACCAUAAUAUGGGAAUGGAGCACGGCAUGGGAGGCAUGGAACAGCACAAUCUGGGCAUGGACCUUGGCAUUGGCAUGGGCAUGGAUCACGGAAUGUCCUCGUAUGUGCCGGCACCGCCAGGGGCACAGGCCACGCCGCCAAUGCCGCCACCGUUGAUGCCGUGGAUGAGUGCACCGCAGCCACCGCCACCUGCUACCGAGCCGAUGAAUCCACCCAUACCAGGCACAUUGCCACCGCUCAUCCCGCCGCCACCGGGCACCAGUGCACCGCCCAUGCCGCCAUGGGGCAGUGGCUACAGCGGUUGGGGUGGCGGCUAUGCGCCGCCUCCUCCUCCGCCCUGUGGCCCACCGCCCCCAGCCUUGAGCCUGUCACAGCCGCCACCACCGCCACCGCCAGCCAUCUGACCACCACUCCCGGAGCUCUAGCCUCCAAUGAAUUGUACACCCAAUGAUGACAGUCCUCACAGACCACAUGCGACUGUCCCUGCAAUCAAUUAAUAUAAAACCUCUUUGACUUUUUGCUUACUUUACAACAUAAUCGAGACAGGCCUACAAAACUAAUUUGUAUUUUAUGAUGCUUCAAUAAAGGACGCAAUUAUUAUACUAGAUCCA